CAGUAUUAGUUCUAUCUUACAGAUGAGAAAACUGAGGCUUGGGAGGGGCAAGUGAUUAUCCCAGAGCUGCUCAGCCAGGAAGUGACAGAUUUCCCAGGACUCCCAGACCAAGAAAAUGCCCCCACUUCCGUUGGAGAAUGGAAAUUGCCAAAGAGAGAGGGAAGAGGUCCAAUUUGCGCCUUUGCUAUUUUAGGCGAGGUUGAAAUUACGAACCAAAGUGGAAUGAUGCGCUCACUGUAGUGACCUGCGUUCUCUAAGACAGGAGAAAACCCGAGUCCUCUGCUUGUGAAGUGGCUCGAGCACUUGGGCGUGAGGCGUUAUUAUAUAAAUUCAAGCUCGCUCCUGAUUCUUAGUACCCUGAGUUGCCUGAAGGGGGGAAUGGCACUGCCUGCGUGUGCAGUCCGGGCGCUCGGGCAGCCGCUGCAACCGGAGCGAGGAGCGCCCGCCCGCACCACCUGUCCCCGCCGGCAUUCCAGAGUAGAGGCUGAAUUGGCUGGGAGCCGGACCGGGUUGGUCGCCGCCUCAGUCAGCCCGGGUCCUCCUAGGGGUGUGUCUCACGGAUUCCCCUCCCGGCCGCUCCUGGACGAGCCCCUAAAGGCGUCUUCCUCCCUGGCGGGAGCCUCGCGCGUCCCGCUCUUCGCGCUGUUGUCCCGAGGCCGCCGCAGGCGGAUGCACGACCUCAGGCGACGCUGGGACCUGGGCUCCCUCUGCCGGGCCCUGCUCACUCGGGGCCUGGCCGCCCUGGGCCACUCGGUGAAGCACGUGCUCAGUGCGAUCUUCUCCAAGAUUUUCAGCCCCCUGGCCAGCGUCGGGAACAUGGAUGAGAAAUCCAACAAGCUGCUGCUGGCUUUGGUGAUGCUCUUCCUAUUUGCCGUGAUCAUCCUCCAGUACGUGUGCCCCGGUACAGAAUGCCAGCUCCUCCGCCUGCAGGCGUUCAGCUCCCCGGUGCCGGACCCGUACCGCUCGGAGGAUGAGAGCUCCGCCAAGUUCGUGCCCCGCUACAAUUUCACCCGUGGCGACCUUCUGCGCAAGGUAGACUUCGACAUCAAGGGCGAUGACCUGAUAGUGUUCCUGCACAUCCAGAAGACCGGGGGCACCACUUUCGGCCGCCACCUGGUGCGCAACAUCCAGCUGGAGCAGCCGUGCGAGUGCCGCGUGGGUCAGAAGAAAUGCACUUGUCACCGGCCGGGUAAACGGGAGACCUGGCUCUUCUCCAGGUUCUCCACAGGCUGGAGCUGCGGGUUGCACGCCGACUGGACCGAGCUCACCAGCUGCGUGCCCGCGGUGGUAGACGGCAAACGCGACGCCAGGCUGAGACCGUCCAGGUGGAGGAUUUUUCAGAUUCUAGACGCAGCAAGUAAAGAUAGACGGGGUUCUCCAAACACUAACCCAGGUGCCAACCCUCCGUCAUCCACAAAGGCCCGGAACACAUCUAAGAGUGGAAAGAACUUCCACUACAUCACCAUUCUCCGAGACCCAGUGUCGCGGUACUUGAGCGAGUGGAGGCAUGUCCAGAGAGGGGCGACAUGGAAAGCGUCUCUGCAUGUCUGCGAUGGAAGGCCUCCGACUUCCGAAGAGCUGCCCAGCUGCUACACUGGGGAUGACUGGUCUGGCUGCCCCCUCAGAGAGUUCAUGGACUGUCCCUAUAAUCUGGCCAACAACCGCCAGGUACGCAUGCUCUCUGACCUGACCCUGGUAGGCUGCUACAACCUCUCUGUCAUGCCGGAAAAGCAAAGAAACAAGGUCCUUCUGGAAAGCGCCAAAUCAAAUCUGAAGCACAUGGCGUUCUUCGGCCUCACUGAGUUUCAGCGGAAGACCCAAUAUCUGUUUGAGAAAACCUUCAACAUGAACUUUAUCUCACCAUUUACCCAAUAUAAUACCACCAGGGCUUCUAGUGUAGAGAUCAGUGAGGAGACCCAAAAGCGUAUUGAGGGGCUGAAUUUUCUGGAUAUGGAGUUGUACAGCUAUGCGAAAGACCUCUUUUUGCAAAGGUAUCAGUUUAUGAGGCAGAAAGAGCAUCAGGAGGCCAGGCGGAAGCGUCAGGAACAAAGGAAAUUUCUGAAGGGAAGGUUCCUUCAGACCCAUUUCCAGAGCCAGAGUCAGGGCCAGAGCCAGAACCCGAGUCAGAAUCUGAGUCAGAACCCCAAUCCGAAUGCAAAUCAGAAUCUGACUCAGAAUCUGAUUCAGAAUGCGACUCAGAGUUUGAGGCUGGGGGAGAACCGGGAAGGCCAGAAGCAGAACCCGGGCCAAGAGCAGAAUGAUAGCAGCGCCAGCAGUGGCACCAAUGACUACAUAGGCAGUGUAGAGAAAUGGCGUUAAAUGGCUCAGAAAGGCUUGUGCACACUUCUCCCAAAGCGCCACUGAAGAGAUGGCAUAUCUUAAAAGAUGAAAGUGUCCAAACCCAUCCUGCUUUCUUAAUUCUGGAAGUUCAAAAUUGUUUAGCUGUUGCCUUUACAGUUGCCUUUCAAUUCAAUGUUACACUGUGCGUGGAUGAAACAAAUCUCAAUAUAUAAUUAAAUUGUCUUUUUUUUGUUUGUUUUUUUUUUGGUUGGACUAUUUAUGAGAUCCAAAAGCCAAACCAGACUCACCAGAAAUUGCUGCUUAGAUAUUUUAAGAAGUUCUUAAAUUAGUUAUGGAGACAAAAUGAAAGCAUAAAAUGUGACCAUUUAACUUACAGCUAAGAAAUGGACUUUAAAUUAUUCAUGAGGCACUAAGCCCUUCCUUCUUGGAAGCAAAUGUUUUUUUCCCAGGGGUGAGCAUAAGUAUAAACAUAAAAUGGCUAAAACGAAACACAAAGCCUUUCAUUUUCUUCUGACUUUAACAAGGAUCCUAUUUAAAUAGAGUAACAACUGCUUAUAAAUUUUACCAAACUGUAAAAAAUGAAAAAUUCCUCUUCCAAACAUGGGUAGUUUUAUGUAAAAAUAUUGGCUUUUCAAGAACAGGACUCAGAUCUUAUUAAGACAUGUUUAAAAUUUUAAACUUUUUCUACCUUUUACCAUUUAAAGGUUUUAAACAGGGUGUAUCUCAUAUGAAAUGAAACACUUUUUUCCCAAAUGGAACACCUAUAUAAAGAUCUAAUUUCCAGACACUUUCAGGGCACUGUAAUUUCAACAAUUCUGGAAUCGUUUUGGCGCCACUUCUCAUUCAUUUCAAGGCUUCUCAGAAUUGUGCUCAUUCUGAACUAACCCAUGUAUAGAAUCUUUCUUCAUCAUCUAAAUGGCGUGUUGCUGAAUUUAUUGUGGUAUCUAAUCCUGGAUUAAAGUCAGGACUUUCCUUCUAUAGAGUUGUCUUAUCAAUGUUUGUGUAGUGAGGUCCUUAUCAAGAAACUCUUGCACAGGAUAAUGUGCCUACAAAUAUUGCUGAAGUUAUUCUUGAACAGAUAGAAUUGAACUUGAAAUGUGAACUGUUACUUACUUUUUGUACAUCUUUAUUGUAACGUUUCCAGUUGGGCUGCCUAUCUCUAGCCCCUUAAUUCUUUUUCAUGUUGACAGAUUUGUAGAUAAUUACAAGAGCCAAAAAUGGUAGAAUAAGCAUUAGGAUAGCCAGAGUUAUUCAGUAACACCGAAAACUGCACCUCGAUAUUUUGGAGAAAACUUUCUGCCAGGUUUUUCCUUAAUAAAGAACAAAAGUAAAGAGUGUUCUGCAAUGAGACUAAAUAUCAGGAAUGUAUGAAUUAAUGAGAGUGAUUUGGUAGUGUAAGUCUAUGCAAAAAGUCUUUUAUGGUAUCAGUUAUGAAUUGAGCAACGUGAAAAGAAGUCUGUAAUCCACUAUGCUGUCAAAGCACCAUGUUUCUAGGCAGUUUUCUUUUUAUGGAUUUUGCUAUACUUCUGUAAGGACUUACACUAACCUCUUGGCUAUAAAUCAAACACGGUGACUGGAAGUGACAUUUGUAUUUUCAGGAGAGACAUGCUUAGAUGUGUGACCAUAAAGUCACAUCUUGUACAAGCUGCUCAUGUGUAUAAUCCAGUUUUAUCUGUAAUAAUAUGGUCACGCGCUGAACAAGAAACCAAGUAUUUAGGUUUAAAAUGGAUUUUCUUGACUCUGAGCUUGUAUCACUAUUUUUAGCUUUUGUUUUGUCUGACAGUAUUGCAAGCCUGGGAAUUCUGAGACCUAAAAACCUGAAAGGAAUUUUUUUAAAAAUGCACCUUGAAGUCAAAGUGUUUCAGAGUAAAACUAUUUUGUGUACGUUGUGUUUUUAAAAUAGUCUGUAGAUCACUACGGUAUUUCAAUUUGGUUUAGUUUUAAUCGAAGAUGAUUGCUCUUCAAACUGCUAGGUACUCUUGGAAAGGAGGAUGAAGCCUGAGCCAGUGGAAAAGCUUGUUACAGAAAAUACUUUCUCGUGUUAUUGCUGUGGUAUGCAUGGUUUGCAAAGAUUAAGUGCAUUUUCUCUGUCUAUACUGAUGAUUGUAUAUAGGGGAUGUUAUAAAUAUACAUUUUGACAUCAUCAUGUAAAUCUCAUGAUUUCAACUGUAAACAUCUGUCCAAUGGUGUAGCUUUAUAAACCAUUCACUGAUUUUGUGUAAUUUAACGAUAGAUAUGAAAUAAAGUUUAAAUUACA